AUGAAGAUUUAUAAUAUUAUACUUUUACUAUUGUGUACAAUUGUACUAACAGUAGUUUCACAACAACAACCAAACGUAAUACAAUGGGAUAGUAGUGUAGAUUGUAAUACUUUCCAUUGUGAAUUUAACGAUCCAGCAAAUUGGGUGGGAGGUCUCAUUCCAUCGACAGAUGAUAUUGCGUCGAUCCAACUCACCAAUGCACAAUCAGCACAGACCAUCUUUGCACAUGACAAUGUCAAAAUCUCUGGACUUGUUCUCAACGGCUCUUUUGCCGGUUUAGAGUUUGCAGCUUUUGCCAAUUUUCAAGUUAUUGGUAAUGUGGCCGUAGGUAACUUUACCACAUUCUAUAUGAGCAACUAUACCUAUUUCGCUGCAACUGGUAAUCUUUCCGUCGACAAUGAUGGUUCAUUUAUUGCACUCGAGUGUGCUGGCGUCAUGGUACAAGGAACUGCCUUUUUUGACAGUGGUGCCGUCUAUAACCAAGGUAUUAAUGGUACUUUUGUAGUCUACAAGGGUAGCUCGUUCAAUGGUAAUGCUUCACUCGCUGCCUUUACCACGGUCAGACUCGGUGGGUUUGUUUCGGUCUCUGGUUGGACUCCAUUCACUGCUUUGGGUGAUGUCAUUGUAGAGAAUCUAAAUAUCAACGAAGCAUCCACCGUCAACAUUGGAGGCAACCUUUUAGCCACAUCCAUCCUCCUCGAAACCGAGGCAACACUGACCGUAGACUUUUCAGUAAGCAUUCGUAUCCUCAACCUCGAUCUCAACGCACAGUUUAUCCAAAACCCAGACCAACUCUCCACCUAUGAUGGCUCGCCUAUUACUGUCCUCAUUGACAUUAUCGACUCGAAAACCAUCUCGACCGUCAUCUUUGGCAAGGCCGACUCUGUUGACGUGCCUUCAAUCUACAUGGCCCAAGGUUACGUCGUCAGCACUGACUUGGUGAGCAGUCUCAACUUGGGUAGCGAUAAUGUCGAAUGGUCGUACCUUUUCAUCUUGCAGUUCACCCUCGGAUACCCACACGCCAACGUCGGUGUGUUCUCGGCCAACUUGACCAACAUUGGCGUCAACCACAUUUGGGAUACCAAGCUCAACACCUCUCCCAACACAACCCUCACCUUUAACUCGCAUGCCAGUUGGGCAUCCACCACAUUUGCGCUCAACAAUGCUAUUGUCAGCGUUCAAAGCAACACUCUUCUCAACUUGACCAACUCUCAACUUGAACUUGUUGGCAACUCGACUGUCGAUCUCUUACCCUACUCUUCACUCCUCGUCAAGGACAGUACUGUCCAAACCAGCAGUGUCAAUGUCGCCUUUGACUCUAAUGCAUCUUUUAUCGCCACCAACUAUACCGGUGACGUCACUGUCUCCAAGGGCAACGUCACUGUCCAAAACUCUACCAUUAGUGGUACAGUCACUACCCAAACCUCACAAGUAUUCAUUUCCUCACCCGUCGCUAUCGGUAGUCUCCAUCUCCUCGGUGAAUCCAUCCUCACCAUCGACAUUACAAACCCACUUUCCACCUUUGUCUCUGGUGUACCAAUCAUCAUCGAAGAAGCAUUCUCGUUUGAUCUUGGUGCAGUGACAGUCACCAUCCAAAAUCCAAGUAUUCUCCAAGCCGGUCAAUCUUACUACGUUGCAGUCAGUCCCUCUCUUCGUGUCAAAAUAGAUAAAAUCCAUCUUGCCACCCCAUUACCCAAUUUCACAUCUAGUUUUGAUAUUAUCACCACUAAUAAUUUAGAUUAUCUUAUUUUACUUAUUUUUAUAAAAUGUCUUGAUUCGAAACCAUAUAUAAAGAGGUUUGGUUUGGUUUGGUUUGAUUUGGUUUGA